AUGAAUUUUGGAAAUUCCCAAGCAAGUGGUGCAUCGCCUUUCGGCAGUCUUAACGCGAGUACGGGUUCGAAUGAUGCUCCUAAGGCAUCACCGUUUGGUGCGUUUGGUUCAGCAGCUGGCAAUAUCGCUACAAACGGCACUCAGAACUCGUCAUCAAUGGGAAGCACGCUUUUUGGCAGCGAAUCAAGUACGCCGGCUUUUGGAGCUGGAAGCGCGAAACCAGCCACAUCGUUGUUUGGAAACACUGGGAUAUCACAACCGCCUGGCCAGAUGCAAACAGGCAGUGCAAAUAGCCAACAGAAGCCCGCUGGGCUCACAUUCGGGUUCAACAACAAGCCCACAGAGACAGAAAGCAAUAAAGGCACGUCACCGUUCUCUUUUGGAGCACCAAAGCUUAACACCGGUACGAACGACGCAGCUGCCAAGAGCGCAGCACCUACAGGUUUUAGUUUCGGAAGUAAUGGGACUCAAAACUCAACGGAAACGGCGAAACCUCCCUUGUCGUUUGGUGGUGCAAACAAUGCUAAACCAGGCCAGCUCUUAGGAUCUCAAUCAUCCACCGGCACUUCAUCUACAAAACCGGCGUUUGGUCAAGGCUUAUCGACCGGCUUGUCAGCUGGCUCUUUGUCUACAGCUUCGAAUACUACAGAAAAUAAAGAAGAAAAAAAACCAUUCUCUUUCGGAUCUGCUGCGGCGGUACAAACAACUACAGGUCCCAGCCUGAAUUUUGGCAAAGCGCAACAGACUACCACCGCUAAUGACACGACACCAAAGCCAGCGUUCUCGUUCGGCGGUAAUACAAAUUCUACUCAGGCUUCAUCAGCUGCACCUUUAUCUGCUCAAAAGAAUGCAUUUUCCUUCGGAUCUGGGUCCACAGCAACCGCGAACAAAAAAGAUCAGGCAGAUAACAAUAAACUAAGCGAUGAUAAGCCAGCCUUUAGUUUUGGAAGCACAAAGCCCACAACAAAUAAUUUGCUGAGUACAUCCACCGAAAGUAAAUCACUUUCUGGCGGUUUCGGUGCAUCCCUGGAUAAGCCUCAAAAUGACGCCCAAGAAGGUAGCACAAAACCCACAUUUAAUUUCGGAGCCUUUGGAGCCAAGAACGAUAGCAGUACUGCAUCCUCGAAGCCGAAAGAGGCUAAAACCGACACAAAACCAGCUUUCAGUUUCGGAUCGGAAAAGCCAAGAGCUGACACCAAACCUCUCUUUAACAAGAAUUCUGGACAGGAAACAAAAACCAGCGGCAGCCCGGCAUUUGUUCUAGGCUCCAUGAACGAAAAGGAUGCAAACGCCGCUAAAUCCACCGCCGAGCCUGCAGCGAGUACAGUGGCGAAGACAGCACCCGCAUUUUCAUUUGGUCAGAGCAAACCUCAGCAGGGAGGAGAGAAAAAACUUGACGGAUUUUCAUUUGGGAAGAACGAAACUCAAUUGCAAACUGAUUCAAAGCCGAGCGCGUUUUCUUUUGGGUCUAAAGAAAGUUCACAGUCAAAUGUAAAACCGUCAACCGACGAGACUACUGAGAAAAAGGAGGAGAAAAAGACGACGGGCUUCUCGUUUGGUUCGGUCAAACCACCAAUGGAUGCAGCCUCGAGCGAAAAGCUUCCUACUACCAGUUUUGGCUCCCAGAAGACGGCAGUGGGAACCACGUCGCCACCAGAGACCGGGAAGAAAAGUAAUAGUGAUGCCACUUCGAAGCUUACCGUCGAACUACAACCUGAAACCUUGGAUAAUAAGACUUUAGACGAUCUCAUCACAAAGUGGACGUCCCAGCUCAGUGGGUCAUCCCUGCAUUUCGAAGAGUAUUCCCAGAAGAUUAGAGAUUGGGAUAAAAUACUUGUUCAGGGCGGUGAACAGAUAAGUGAGUUAUAUUCUGAUACUUUACUUGCCGAACAAAGCCAAAAUAGGAUCGAUCAGACUUUGCAAUACAUCGAGAGGCAGCAAACAGAAUUAGAAUCCUUUCUGGAUAAUUAUGAGAGGAAGGCCGAAACUUUACUAUCAGAUGUUUUAUCAUCAAACCCAGGGUCUUCCGGCAACAGCAACGAUCAGAAAAGACAACAGGCUUACAGAACAGCAGAGAGCUUAGAUGACAACUUAGAUUCACUUUCUACCAAUCUCUCGUCUCUGAUUUCCGAAAUUAAUGACGUGAGCGAUAUAUUCAACAAAGCCACCAACCUAAAUGUCGCUAACAAGGAUGAGAAUAUUCAAUUAAUAAAACUGCUUAACUCGCAUCUGGAUGCGCUUAAGACAUUGGACACUUCUUCAGAGGCAUUAGAGCGUAAGAUUAAAACUGUUUCCAAAUAA